UGCGCGGGGGCGGCGCUGAGCCCGCCCGGGCCCGGCCCUCAGCCCGCGGGGGAGGAGCUGCAAGGCGGCAGCAAGGACACGGCAAGGGCGGUCAUGGCCAGCUCCAAGCCGCUGUCGCGAUUUUGGGAGUGGGGCAGGAAUAUCGUGUGCGUGGGGCGCAACUACGCGGAGCACGCUAAGGAGAUGGGCAGCGCGCUGCCCGCCGAGCCGCUCUUCUUCCUCAAGCCUUCCUCGGCCUACGUGCGGGAGGGCUCGCCCAUCGAGCGGCCCUACUACUGCCGGGAGCUGCACCACGAGGUGGAGCUGGGCGUGCUGAUCGGCCGCAGGGCCCGCGCCGUGCCGCAGGACACAGCCAUGGAGCACGUGGCGGGCUAUGCCCUGUGCCUGGACAUGACGGCCCGCGACACGCAGAAACACUGCAAGGACAAAGGGCUGCCCUGGACUUUGGCCAAAGGGUUCGGCUCGUCCUGCCCCGUCAGUGAGUUCGUGCCCAAGGAGAAGAUCCCGGACCCGCACAAGCUGCGGAUCUGGUUGAAGGUGAACGGGAAGCUGAGGCAGGAGGGGGACACGUCCAACAUGAUCUUCUCCAUCCCGUACCUGAUCAGCUACAUCAGCCACAUUUUCACCUUGGAGGAAGGGGACUUGAUCCUCACGGGGUCACCCGAAGGAGUCGGGUCCGUGGAGGCCAACGAUGAGAUCGAGGCAGGGAUCAGGGAUGUGGUGACCAUGAAGUUCAAGGUGGCACAGGGUGCAGAGCCCAAGAGCCCUAAGAGGGUUUGAUUUCGAUUUCCUCCAUCUCCAUAAAGGCUUCAGCAAACCCAGAGUCCAGCCCAGCCCAGCAGAAGAUGCAGAUUCCAAGAUUUAAUUCCAAAACCAUCCCUGGAGAAUGUUGGGAAGGGGAAUGGGGCUGGCUGUCCUGUAUGUGCUUCUCUUCUGUUGAUGCUUUGAGUUUUACCCAUGUGUUGCCUUAAAAUAAAAAUUUCUGAGCAGAGCAAUCCAAAGGAUGAUGUAGGAGCUGAGGCUCAGCCAUGCUGUGGGAAAUCCAAGGUGUAUGUGUAGAUGUGCAACCCUAAAUCAAGAACUGCAGCUUCACAACGAGUUCACAAGAGAAAGAUGUUGGAUUUUUUGACCAGUUUUGUGAUUCCUCUCUGAUUUUUUCAAACACAAAGGAAGGUGGCUUUUCCUCCCACUCCAGGUGAUGAAGGCAGUAGGAAGUGUGCCAGAUGUUUGGCAGAUUGGUUUUUUCCUAAACUGAGCUUUAGAUGUGUUCAAAAAGUGAAAUAAUACAAAAAGAUCAAGAAUAAAGAAGCAUAUGUAUAAAGAUCACCA